AUGAGAAAAAAUGUAGGAGAACGUCUUCCCAUAUUUACACCAGAGGAGGUGAAGCUAGUGAAAGGUUCAUGUGACUUUUUGGGACUAAAUUACUAUACGUCUAAUUAUGCCGAAAAUAUACCUAAAAAGCGUUGUUCACGACCACAUUAUGACAAUGAUCGGCACGUUGAAGAUCAUACUCAUCGUAAUGGGAAGCCAAUUAGUGAACAGGGUGGCUCGUCAUGGUUGUACAUAGUUCCAGAAGGAAUUUACCAUCUCAUGCUUCAUAUAAAGGAAAGAUAUAAUAAUCCCGAGAUUUUCAUUACAGAGAAUGGGGUGGAUGAAGUUAACAAUAAAGCCAUAACAGUUACAAAAGCUCGUAUUGAUAAAACAAGGAUGAAGUAUCACAGGAGCCAUCUGGCAUACCUUAAAAAGAUUUGGCAUUUUUAUGUGGACUACGAGAAUGGACGUUUGACAAGAUUCCCAAAAACCUCAGCUGUAUGGUGGAUGAAUUUCCUUGAAAAUCCUAAGAAUCCAUGGAAUAGACUUCCAUUGAAGCUACAGGAUGUUGAAACUGAAGAAGAACGACAUGGUCCUGCAAAAAAGCCAAGAAGCGGCGUUGCUUAA